AUGGAAACGACGGCGACGCCCGAGGCGAACGACGACGGCGACGUUGCCAAGUGCGUGAAGGUCAAGCACCCACAGGUCUUUUGGCGCCCGCCACCGAGCAACCAAGAUGACGGCGACACCCCGCCACCUACGCCAUCGCUCGACAUGACGGCCAAGAAAGACGAUAUCGCUCCGUCGCUCGACGACCUACGCUUCACGGAAACCGAGGCUGCGUUGGAUCAGUGGAAGCAGCGCGUCCAGAGCGACCCGCGACGGAUCUUGGAGGCGCAGCUCGACCGGUGGCAGAGCAACAACGGCCCGGCAAAACCUGCCGCCAACGACAGUGACGGCGACGACGAGGAUGAUGAUGCCGAAGAGAUGUUUGUGGCCCGCCAGCGCCAUUACCUCAAGCAGCGAAAAUAA